AUGCUUCCGCCUAUCAAUAUUCUCUUGCAAGAGCACGAGAACCAGCACGAGAACCAGCACGGAUCGCUGUCAGAGCCCUGCUCGCCGUUUUUUGGCCCAGCCCGGCUCCCGUCAUUCAAGACCAACGCUAAUGGAACUAUCAGGCUUCCACCUCUGCAGGCGCUCCAAACGGCGAAAGCUCCAGCUGCUAUUGCAGUGCCGAGGUCGAUGUCGUCCACUAUAAAAAUAGAGUCUCAGGUUCUGACUACGCCCAGAAGCAGUUUGAAAAGAGCGCGCUCGUGCUCAGGUGCUAUUGAAAAUUCACCCACUGUAACCAGACAAACAAACGGCUGCACCGCAUCGGAUGCACCCAUGGUCGUCGUGGAGUCCCUAGCGACCAGAAAAGCUAAUUCGUCGCGGGCUUUAACGCCGACUUCACUCGCCAGAACGCCUGCCACGGAUCACAGGAAGGCCUUUGCAUUUAUAUCUCACUCUCAGGACACUUUUCCUUCUAAGGAACCAUCUAUCGACAACGCUCCCUUGGCGAGACGCAAGCGGCGUAGGACUUCAAGACGCGAGCUUAACAUUCUGCAAUCCGAGUUCGAGAUGUGUCCCACUCCGGACAAACAAAAACGUUUAGAGCUGUCAGAGCUGUGUUCGAUGUCGGAAAAAGCUAUUCAAAUAUGGUUUCAAAACAAACGUCAAAGCGCCAAGAGACAGCACAAGGUAGUCAACCAACAUACUACCAACAUUUACGCCGGCUCUGUUGAAACAACACCUGCACCACGUCCACAAACACUAGUAUCACACACUAUGACUCCAUUAGCCAUCAAGCCUACCAUAUAUGGACAGGAAGACCCAGAUACUCCUCCAUCCGCACUCUUCGAUACCUCCAAUAUUGUUGUAGACACUAUGAUGUCGACUUCCAGCCCCACGCCAUCAAAACAAUCGAGUCUGCAACAGUUGAGCCGCGGCCAAGCAUUAACGUUCCGUUUGAAGAACGAUACUAAGACUUUGACACCCAUCAGAACAUCGCCUAACAAUCGAGUCAAUAAAUUGAUCAAUGGUAAUACCAAAUCACCAAAAGCACUACGGACAGGAAAUGUAUCGCCAACGCGGCAAUCGAAGUUCACAACGAAAAGGUAUCACGACCAGGAUCGAGCUCCACUGCGGGGAAUUGAUGUGAACAUCCUGGGAAAUUAA